AUGUCAAAAGCUGGGUACGGAGCACUUGGUACGGAGUAUGGUCGCAACAAAGAUGGCAGUAGGGACGAGGCAAGGCAGCAGCUGAAAUCCCUCCCCAAGGAGCCCCCAUUCGCCCCAUCUUUUUGGGGAGAUGCCGAAGCGAGGGAAGGGAUUGAGCUGGAAUGCUAA